GGGCUGGGCGUGUGCCGCGGCCGCCGGCGGGGCGCGCUCCCGCUCCGCUCCCGCUCUCCCCGCACGCACAUUGUCCGGGCGCGGCGGCGGCACAGCGCCCCGGCGCCCCGUGCCAAUGCGGGGCGGGCGCGGCACGCCGGGGGCGCCUCCACCACCGCGGUGGAAACUUCCCCUCGCCGCCGGGCCGACGCGCGGCUGAAGCCCCCGGCGGGGAGGAGCGGAGCGGGGUUUCGCCCGCCUGGGGGGGCGCCUCGUCCAGUUUGGUUUUUUCCUACGUUGGAAGGGCAAAAGCGAAUAAUACUGUUAGCUGGCUUUAAACUUCCGCGCCCCGCUCUCCAGGACGCGCAUCCCGCCCGGCGGGGCGGACGAGCCGGUGGUGGUGCUCCUGGCAGUCCUGAGCUGGGGUGAGCUGGAAGAUGACCGAAUACAAGCUGGUGGUGGUGGGAGCAGGUGGUGUUGGGAAGAGUGCUUUGACGAUACAGCUCAUUCAGAACCAUUUUGUUGAUGAGUAUGACCCCACAAUUGAGGAUUCCUACAGAAAGCAGGUAGUCAUCGAUGGAGAGACCUGUUUGUUAGACAUCUUGGACACUGCAGGGCAGGAGGAGUACAGUGCCAUGAGAGACCAGUACAUGAGAACGGGGGAAGGAUUCCUGUGUGUUUUCGCCAUCAACAACACCAAGUCCUUUGAAGAUAUUCACCAGUACAGGGAGCAGAUCAAGAGAGUGAAAGACUCAGAUGAUGUUCCCAUGGUGCUGGUGGGGAAUAAAUGUGACCUCCCUGCACGGACAGUGGAGACCCGGCAAGCGCAGGACCUGGCUCGGAGCUAUGGGAUCCCCUACAUAGAAACAUCUGCCAAAACCAGACAGGGCGUUGAGGAUGCCUUCUACACCUUGGUGCGGGAGAUCCGGCAGCAUAAGCUGCGCAAGCUGAAUCCCCCGGAUGAGAGCGGCCCCGGCUGCAUGAACUGUAAAUGUGUGGUAUCGUGACUAUGCUGUCUGGACCGUGUCUUGGCAAGGUUCCCACUGUGCAGUGCGCAAGGAAAGAGGUGAAGCAAAGGAAGAAGCAGACGGAUUCAGAGGAGGAGUAUGGGGGGGGAGAAGAGGAGGAGGAAGAGGACAGGGGGAGCAUGAGGCCCUCCAAGGACUAUCUCACACUUCAUCCAAGCCUGCGGCAAACAACUUCUUUUUUUUUUUAUCCCCAUCCCCUCAUCCUUUGGCCUCCUCCCACCCCGGCAACUGUACAAAGCCACAGAUUGAAUCACAGUAAAUUAUUAUUUGAUCGUCUCAACAAA